AUUUUACUUCAUUUUCAUUGUAUACAAUGUUGGCUAUGUGAUAUAGCUGAUUUCUCUUUCCGUCUGGCUAAGCUGCCAGAGUUGCUUUUAUCACAGUUCUUCUCUCAAAUAUUUACCGAAAAUGGGUUUCGUGAAAGUAGUGAAAAACAAGCAGUACUUCAAGCGCUACCAAGUAAAAUUCAAAAGGCGUCGUGAUGGUAAGACCGAUUACUAUGCUCGUAAGCGUCUUACAGUACAGGACAAAAACAAAUAUAACACUCCUAAGUAUCGACUGAUCGUGCGCCUUUCGAACAAAGAUAUCACCUGUCAAGUUGCUUACUCCAGAAUUGAAGGAGACAAGAUUGUGUGCGCUGCUUAUUCACAUGAAUUACCAAAGUAUGGUAUCAAAGUAGGUUUAACUAACUACGCUGCAGCAUAUUGCACAGGCUUGCUUUUGGCUCGAAGGCUCUUACAAAAGUUCGGCUUGGAUAAUUUAUAUGGUGGCUGUACUGAAGUAACAGGCGAAGAGUACAAUGUUGAAGCUCUGGAUGAUGGACCAGCUGCUUUCCGUUGCUACUUAGAUGUUGGUUUAGCACGUACAACCACUGGUGCUCGUGUGUUCGGAGCCAUGAAGGGUGCUGUUGAUGGUGGCUUAAAUAUUCCACACUCCACUAAGCGUUUCCCAGGUUAUGAUGCUGAAAGCAAAAGCUUCAAUGCUGAAGUGCACAGAGCUCACAUCUUUGGAAAACAUGUAGCUGACUACAUGAAAUCUCUUGAAGAGGAAGAUGAAGAUGCAUUCAAACGUCAAUUUAGCAAAUACAUCAGUCUUGGAAUUACUGCUGAUAAUAUUGAAGAGCUAUACAAGAAAGCCCAUGCGGCCAUUAGAGCUGAUCCUUCAUUGAAACCUGCAGAUAAAAUGAAGGCAGCUGAUGUCAAGGUGAAACGUUGGAACCGGGCUAAACUUUCACUCUCUGAACGCAAGAAUCGCGUUGCCCAAAAGAAAGCUUCAUGGCUUCAGAAGCUCAAAGCAGAGAAUGAGGCAUAAAUGACUUCUAAAUAUAUAAAUGUUUAUAUUACUUUGAAAUAAACCGGUAAAAUUAAAUUAC